CUAUUUGUUUUCUCUCUCUGCAUCUCUCUCUCGCAAACCCUUUUCCUUCAGCCAUCUAAAGCACUUUCUUUUUCUCCUCCUCUCUCUACAUCUCUUUCACAGUCUARGUGUGUACCCAGCAGACUCCUCCCUAAGUCCCAGCUUGGUUUGUUUCUCUGAGUUCUUGUAGACUGAAGCCACUCCAGAACUCCACUGUCAGAGAUCACUCUACAACCAGGGAGUUUCAGCAACACACACACUACAAAAGAAUGCCUUUGGGAGGAGGAAAUAAGUGUGGCUGCUGCCAGAAGACCGUGUACUUCGCUGAGGAAGUGCAGUGCGAGGGGAAAUAUUUCCACAAGUCCUGCUUUCUGUGCAUGGCAUGUAAGAAGAACCUGGACAGCACAACGGUGGCCUGCCAUGUGGAUGAAAUCUACUGCAAAUCCUGCUACGGCAAGAAGUAUGGGCCAAAAGGCUAUGGCUUUGGUGGGGGAGCAGGCACCCUGAGCAUGGACACGGGGGCACAUCUUGGAAUCAGACCUGAAGAGCAAGCAGCCCACCGCCCCACCAACAACCCCAARGCCUCAAAGUUGGCCACUAAGUUUGGUAGCUCAGAUGUGUGCCCGCGCUGCGCCAAGGCUGUCUAUUCUGCCGAGAAGGUGCUCGGAGGUGGAAAUUCCUGGCACAAGAGCUGCUUCCGCUGUAGCAAGUGUGGGAAGGGGCUGGAAUCAACCACUGUGGCUGACAAAGAUGGUGAAAUCUACUGUAAAGCAUGUUAUGCCAAGAACUUUGGUCCAAAGGGCUUUGGGUUCGGCCAGGGGGCAGGAGCUCUGGCACAUGCUCAGUAGAGCUCAGGCCUCCUUGGACUCCUAAACAUUUGWCUGCAAAUCCCUGGAUUCCCCAGUCACCCUGUUUAAUCCUGUCUCAUUCCAGCUACUGGCAGAGGCUCAAUAGCAACACACAGUGCAGUUUACCUAUGUGCUUACCUUACCAGCGGCAUUAGCUGCUCAUGUUUUGUUUCUAAGAUCUGGCAUUAAUGAGGUUAAUACUCUGCAUGAUACAUUCUUUUGUAACCGCUGAGAGAACCAAGACUUACCAGCUUGUUCAUUUUGGCCUAAUAAACUCCUUUUUGCAAUUUGAA